UUGAGGGCAAGGCAGGCGGCGGCAGGGUUUUCCUUCCUCUCCUGCUCCCUCUCUCUCUCUGUCAGUCCACCGCCGCCGCCCUCUUCCUCCUCCUCCCCGGCCUCCACUGGUACUGGUGGUGAUCCAUCCGGGCUUCAUUGAUUUCUUCUGUUUGUACUGGUGCACUUCGCUUACUUCGAAUUUCGGAUGGACAACCAAAAUCACCAAGCCCCACCUGCUUCCAGCACCGACACCAGCGUCAUGUGCCAGCUGCUGAGUCCCGAAGGAGACCAUCUCGGUGCAGCGCUAUAUCUUCCGCAGAACGUCGGCCCGCCGCAGCUCCAGGAGAUUGUCAAUCAUCUCCUACACAAUGAGGACAAGUUGCCCUAUGCAUUUUACAUUGGAGAUGAAGAGCUCUCUGUUCAGCUUGGCACUUACAUGCAGCAAAAGGACGCCAAUGUUGAGGUUACUCUGCGCAUAGUAUAUCAACCGCAAGCACUUUUCCGGAUCAGACCAGUCAACCGAUGUUCCGCUACAAUUGCUGGACACACAGAAGCUGUACUAGCUGUUUCUUUUAGCCCUGAUGGAAAAUGUUUGGCUAGUGGUUCAGGUGACACCACUGUCCGGUUUUGGGACCUGAACACACAGACUCCAUUGUUCACAUGUAAAGGCCACAAAAAUUGGGUUCUCUGCAUUGCAUGGUCACCUGAUGGAAAACAUCUUGUUAGUGGAAGCAAGUCAGGAGAACUUAUAUUGUGGGACCCAAAAACUGGGAAGCAAUUGGGCUCUCCACUUACGGGACACAGGAAAUGGAUUACUGCUGUAUCUUGGGAGCCAGUUCAUUUGCAAGCUCCAUGCCGCCGCUUUGUAAGUGCAAGCAAGGAUGGUGAUGCACGCAUUUGGGACAUUACCACAAGGAAGUGUGUUAUUUCCCUUACAGGUCACACUAAUUCAGUGACCUGCGUCAAGUGGGGUGGAGAUGGUUUGAUUUAUACAGGUUCUGAAGAUUGUUUAAUCAAAGUAUGGGAAACUUCUCAGGGAAAGUUGGUCAAAACACUGCAGGGUCAUGGGCACUGGGUGAAUUCUCUUGCCUUGAGCACAGAAUAUGUUCUUCGCACUGGGGCAUAUGACCAUACUGGCAAGAUAUAUUCAACUGCAGAGGAAAUGAAAGAGGCAGCUCUUGCGAGAUACAAGAAGAUGAGGGGUAAUGCUCCUGAGAGACUAGUUUCUGGUUCUGAUGAUUUUACAAUGUUUCUUUGGGAACCAACAAUCAGUAAACAAUCCAAAGCUCGCAUGACUGGUCAUCAGAAGCUCGUAAACCAUGUAUACUUUUCUCCUGAUGGGCAAUGGUUGGCAAGUGCCUCCUUUGACAAAUCUGUUAAGUUAUGGAAUGGUAUCACAGGUAAAUUUAUUGCAGCUUUCAGAGGGCAUGUCGCAGAUGUCUACCAGAUCAGCUGGUCUGCCGACAGUAGGCUUCUUCUAAGCGGAAGCAAGGAUUCCACCCUAAAGGUUUGGGAUAUUCGAACACACAAGUUGAAACAAGACUUACCAGGUCACGCAGAUGAGGUCUACGCUGUGGAUUGGAGCCCUGAUGGCGAAAAGGUUGCAUCUGGUGGAAAGGAUAGGGCCCUCAAGUUAUGGAUGAAUUGAGUAAGGUCCAACUCUAUUGCACAAUGCUACACACUGUGUGUUCCUGGAUUGCUGCUAUAUUUUGAAAAGAAGAAAUUAAGCUCCCGACAGGAGAAGGCACUGUGUAAUCUUGUUUAACCAAUGUAGUUACAUUUAAAGCUAUGUUAGAAACUUUGUUCCGAGAGAUGUAACACGUCCAUUCAGAAAUCAGAAUGGAUUUGUCUUGCUUGUA